AUGGAUACAGUGCAGCUUCUGACGCUCAUCGUCCUAGCCGUUCUCGUCUUCCUAGCCGUCACCCUCCGGCGAAGCAUUACUAGGAACGCCGCCGUGGCUUCCCCAAUCCCGCCCACCAUUGAAGUCACCGACCCGGCCGUCGCCCGGAGCAUGCUCGUCGACCACGCCGAUGUCUUCUCCAACCGCCCGCUCGCGCCCUUCCCCGUCGACUACGACGCCGGGCGGCGCCGCCCCAGCCACAGCAUCAACAUCGUGCCCCACGGCCCGCUGUGGCGCGCGCUCCGGUGCAACCUCAGCGCCGGCGUCCUCCACCGCUCGCGCCUCGGCGUCGUCGCGCCGCUCCACCGGGACGCCGUCGAGGACCUCGUCGCCGGCCUCUCCGCGCAGGGCCAGGGCGGCGGCGUCCUCCUCCGCGACGCUGUCCACACGGCGCUGUACACGAUCUCCGUGCGCAUGUGCUUUGGCGACGGCGUCGCCACGCGCGACGACGUGCGCGCCAUGCAGGACACGCUCAGGGAGUUCUUCGACAACAUCGUGGAGGCCAGGGGCCUCGCGGCCUCGAGGGUGGCGAGGCUCCUGCACUGGAGGCAGUGGCAGCACUUCGGCGGCACGUUCGACCGGCUCAUCGGGCUCUUCCUCCCUCUGGUCGCGGCGAGGCAGCGGCGGCGAUCUCAAUGCGGUUACGGCGGCGGCGGCGGCGACGACGGAGGAACGAUCCGCCCGUACGUCGACUCGCUCCUCGACCUCCGAGUCCCCGACGACGACGUGGACGGCGCGCGCCGCCCGCUCACGGACCACGAGAUGGCGUCGCUCUGGAAGCUCGCCCACCUCGUCGCCGAUCCAGAACUCCAGGACAACCUACACCGGGAGAUCGCCGACGCCGACCAGGGCGAUGGCGCGAUCGCCGACGAGCGCCUCCGCGACCUGCCGUACCUGCGCGCCGUCAUCCAGGAGAGCCUCCGGCUGCACCCGCCGGUCCCGUUCAUCGUGCGCGACGUCGGCGCGGAGGACGGCACGGUGGCGCGCUACACGCUUAUGGUGGCCGACGUCGGGCGGGACACCGGCUCCACCGGCGCGGCGCUUCCGGCCGCCAGCUCGCACGGGUCCAAGAAGGCGACCAAGCUCGUCCCGGCCAUACUGUUGCUGCUGCUCACGGUGGCCGUGCUCGGACGUGGGGACGUUGGGAGCAGAGCAGACGAGAAGAGCAGUGACACGACCUCGCCCGCGAUGAGGAGUCCCGGAGCUCCGGCGAAGGCGCGCUAA